GUCCCCGGACAGAGGGAUUAGUCCCAGACCCGUGGUGCGUUCACUGACACCAAACUGAGGAAAAACAAACAGACUUCUGAGAAGAUUACUGGAUAAUCCUCGACCCAGUGUUAUCAUGAAGUCCCCGAAGCUGAAAACCCAAGCCAAGUUCAUCAAGGAGGAGGACCUGAGCGACGUGCUGUGCGAGUUCGACGCCGUCAUCGAGGACUUCACGUCGCCCGUGGAGAAGCGCCACUUCAGGUACGACGAGCACCUGAAGACCGCGAAGAGGCGGAGCAGCGCCAGCGUCAGCGACAGCGGCAUCAGCGACUCAGAGAGUGCAGAAUCGCUGAACAGAAACAGCUUCAGCUUCAGUGACGAGAGGCUGAACUCCCCCACCGCGCUCUCCCCCGCCAUCGCCUCACCCCCUCUGAUGUCACCCAAACCUAAACUGGGCGACACCAAAGAGCUGGAGGAUUUCAUCGCCGACCUUGACCGGACGUUAGAGAGCAUGUGACACGCGGGCUCACUGCCAUCUCGGAGUGCAGCGGAAGGAGGGAGGGGACGUCUGGACCCCCCCUGAGCAGUUUUAAAAUGCACCUGCUCCCACACACACACGAAAAACAGCCGCCCGGCAGGAUGCAGCUGGACGGCCGCUGAGCGUCUCCAACCGCCGACAUCAGGCCCGGCCGCCAUCGUCAAAGUCCAGAACUCGCAGGCCGAGGGAAAGGCCCGCGCUCGCCUUUGUGGAACUGGAAAGUUCGUCGGGACUAUAGACGCACAUCUUAGAAACAGGGUCACUGGAGCGUUUGUCUUCAGACGCACGUCGUCCCACCAACCCCAAUCUAGGCUUCCCUCCCUCGUCCAGAACUUAAGACGGAAGACUAUUUAAAAAAAAAAAAGAAAAAGCUUUUUUUUGUAACAGAAGUAUAUUUGUAAUUUUAUAGAGCUUCUUAUUGUAAAUCGAUCUCACUUUCCGUGAAAUAUAUUUUUGUACCAUAUGUAAAUAAUAUUUGUCUCAAAUUUCUAUUUGCCUCUCUAAUGACGGUCAGAUGUAAAAGAUUUGACAUUUGUUGACUGGAACAAAGUUGAUGUAAUGUGAAUUGAAAACUGGACUGGAAAGCAGUGUGAGCAUUCAAUACAGCUAACACCUGCCAGAGAUAAUAAACGAUGAACGAUUGAUCAUUUAGGAGCACGGCCUCUUUAUUUUCGCUCACAACUGGACGCUGGACAGUGAUCAGAUCACCGCAUACCUCAGUUCUCUUCUUGAGCAGUUGCAUGAUCGAGUUUCACCUGAGCUUUAGCUAUCAGACGCUAUAUUUCCAUAGAACAUGACAACGUUGUUUGGUAAAUUUCUAAUUCUACCGGAAGGAAAUUAAAGAUUUAGCAUCCUAACUGAGGCCUGUAGUCUUUGAGGUGUAGUUUGAUCUGCCCACUAGUUUUUAACUACCUUUCAAAAGAAUCCUACCAAAGUGCCUUUGUAAAUACACUCAUUUUUUGAAUAGUUCUUCAGUAUAGUGCGC